AUGUCGUCCCCAGCCGUUGAUACCGUUGAAGUCACCUCGCCAGUUGAGCCCAAGGCCAAGAAGCCGAGAACAUCUCGUGCAAAGAAGGAAGAGACGACGGAGAAGAAGGUUGAAGCCACGUCCAAGGACGAGAAGGAGUCCAAGGAGAGCAAGGACGGUGAUAGCAAGACCAAGGGAGGCGCAAAGCGCAAAAACGUGGGCGAGAAACAUCCUCCCUUUGAAGAAAUCAUUCGUGAGUGCAUCACAGAGGCUACUGGAGACGGCGUGAGCCGUCCCGCUAUCAAGAAAUUCAUUGAGACUCGAUAUGGUCUCGAGAUGAGCGGCCAGACAAUCAGCAACAUCAACCGUGCUAUCAUUACCGGCCAGAAGAAGGGCAUAUUUGUACUCCCCAAGGGUGCGAGCGGUAAAGUCACACUUGCUCCUGUUGUUCAAGAUAAAGAGAACAAUGCUCCCGUUACCAACUCUACUAAGCGUCGCCUUGCUGUGGCAAAGAACAAUGCCAAGAAGGAAAAGGAAGCAGCCAAGAGUGCUGCACGGGCUGCAGCCCCGAAGAAGACCGCCUCUGCCCCUAAAAAGGCCGCGCCUGCGCCUGCGCCUGCUCGCCAACCUCUAAAGAAGGCCUCCACCAAUGUAAAGGCGACCGCUGCGAAGAAGGCCACUGCGGCGAAGGGAAAGCCUGCUGAGGAAGCAAAGCCCGUUAAGGAUGAAAAGCCCGUCAAGGCUGCAAAACCCUCCAAAGCAAAGGCUACAAAGGCUACGACCGCCAAGGCCACGCCUGCUAAGAAGGCCGCGACAUCCCCCACUGAGCGCAAGAAAAAGGCUGUAAAGGUCACUACUGCGGCAGCAACAAAGGUCAAGCAAAGUGCUGCUACAACAAAGGCGAAGCGCGAGUCAAAUGCUGCUGCCUCUACUGCUGGGCGCGGCCGUCGCAAGUCCACCAAGUAA